AUGACGUUCAUGCAGUACGCACCAUGUGCGCAUGCCGAGAAUCAGAACAGUAAUAGCGGCAGUAUCAACACCAAUGUACUUGCAAGGAACCGAACGUUGUACACAUCCAGUGUCGCCUAUUGCGGAGCGCCAACUACCGUUUUUUUAAAACGCUUGGAUCUCCGAUACAAGGGCGAUGAGCAGCAGUUCGAUUUUGAUGUGCAAGUCUCAUCGACGAGGGGCGAUGAGGACUUUGAUAUCAUUUUCGACCUGUAUGUGUAUGGCCGCAAGUACAUCACCGUACAUCAGGACCUGUGCAAGAUCGGCAAUGGAGAAUUAUGUCCUAUUCCUAAGUACAAUUUCACAGGAUCGUCGCAUAUCAAGGUGCCAGACUCGUUCGCAGCCAAGGUUCCUAACAUUGUCUUUGAUGUACCAGACAUUGAAGCGUUGGCUAUGCUCAAGCUGUACGACCAGCCCACCCAAAACCUGUCAGGCUGCCUCCAGGUGCAGUUGUCCAAUGCCAAGACCGUUGACCUGCCCGAUAUCACCUAUGGCCUCGCGGCUUUCGUCGCAGCUGCCGCGUUGGCAUCGCUCGUGACAACGGGAUGGUCGCACUCGCUAUCGUCACUUCAGUGGCGCAUCGUUGACAUUGUCACGACCAUCCAGCUGACUCCGAUGGUGUCGAUGAUCACCAUGAUUGUGCCACGGGUGAUCCAUGUUUUUUCUCUGCGCUUUUCGUGGAUCAUGGGCCUUAUCCGAAUCGAAUCGAUUUACGAGUCCAUCCUCGACUCGCGCAAAAGCACCGGCAGCGACGACGUUCAUCUGGUGUUUGGUCAGCUUAUGGAGGCCGAGUAUAGCCGGCUAGCGAACUAUUACCCUGCGUCGGUGCUGAAUGCGAAUCAGAGUGCCGAGAUCCUUGAUGUAAAUGGCAUUUCGUCGCUGGAUCUCCAUACCCUGCAACCCCGCAAGCUAUACGCGCCUAAUACAGGCCCGGGUGGCGAGCUGGACCCGGGUGGUGCCGGAGACAAUGUCGUGUGGGCUGUGUCGAUGAAUGACUUCGACCAGUCCGGCGUUUUUUACUACACAGAGUCGCUCAACAUCUCGCCGUACAGUGCGUUUUUGAUUGCGCUCGUGUCCUGGCUCCUUGUCGUGUGCAUAGCAUUGUGCAUUGGCAUCCUCGUCGCUGGCUUCGUGGGUUUCUUGUCCCAAGCGGGACCGGCUGCACAAUCUGCAUCGCUUGUACUUGCAGUUACUCAGGCCCACUCUUCUCCGUGUAUACGAGUGCGCAACACCACCGCUUCUGACUCUGGCGUUGUUCCAGUUCGUCAAUUCUACCUCAUGGCUCUCUCACUUCAUUGCCGCUCUCACGUGCUUCGCCUUGGCGUGCCUUUGGUCGAUUAUCUUCGCCCAGCAGUAUGUACAGGCACACCGCGCAGGUGCCGAGUCUCUCUACUACAUAAGGACUUGGCCGUGGAAUAUGACGUCAGCCGCUCUCCAUAUUGGCUCUAUGUCGCAUCCAUGGAAGCCCCGGUACUGGUGGUUCUGGUUUCUCAUGCUUGGAUGCAGUUUCCUGCGCGCUUGCUUCGUGGGCAUCCCUCAAAAGCACAACUAUGGGCUGCGACAAUCUGUCGGUCUCCUCACGGUCGACGUUUUACUUCUGAUCGUUCUCUUGGUCUGUCGACCCGCACGUGA